AUGCCUAAUAGCAGCUUCUUUGGCAGCUCUAGUAUGCCAUCCCAGCGCAACCAUAAGUCUAACACGAACACACCAUCACCUCCAGCCUCUCCUCUUUCUCGUUCCACAUCAAGAGCUGGCAAACUUGUCAAAGGAGUCACACAACUCAUAGAAGGAGAUUCCUCAAUAGGUAUUGUGGAAACCAUAUUCCGAUCGGGAUGGCCUAAGGAGAUAGGCCUCACAGUCCAGAAGGUGUUGAAGGUUAAUCACAGUGAAAGUGUUCUAAACAAGUUUGAAGAGUUUAGAAACAAAGUGAAACUCAAUGCUGCAAAUUCAUGUGAUAGUCAGCUAAUGGAGAGACUGAUUGUUGAUGGGAAUGAACUCCUAAGGUUCCAAGGUGCCCUUAUAACUUGUUCUCUAGGAACUAAUGGAGAUUCAAGCAUUUGUGACAAGAAAUGUUGUGGGGUUUGCAGAAUGAUCCGUUUCAGCUUUACGGUUGAAGAUGCACCAGAAUUAGUCCAUGAGAACAGUUGGAAGGCACAUGAAAAGGUGACAAAUGAUUAUGUUGCCAAGAGGAUAUGUGCAAGGAGGGCUAUCAUUUUAUGCAGAGUAAUUGCAGGGCGUGUUGGUGGUUACCAUAGACAUGAGCUCAUGGAUAUUGGGGAAGAUGGUCGGUUUGAUUCUGUGGUGGCAUCAAAUGUAGAUGACUCAAAUGGCUCGGAGAAGCUUAUGGUUUUAAAUCCAAGGGCUGUGCUUCCAUGCUUUGUGGUCAUAUAUGAAGUCAAUUGUCUUCCAUGA